GCAGGAGAGAGGGAAGGGAGAAGAACAAGAUGGAGUUUUGGUCUCUGUUCAUGAUGGCAUCAGUGCCGGUGGCCGAGAUCAUGCUCGUAGGAACACUCGGAGCUUUUCUCGCAUCUGGAUACGCCAACAUUCUCUCGGCUGAUGCAAGGAAACACAUUAGUAAGAUACUGUUUGCAGUUUUUGGCCCAGCUCUCGUCUUUGCGAGUCUCGCAAAGACAGUUACUCUGGAAGAGAUAAUUUCUUGGUGGUUUAUGCCUGUGAACAUUGGGAUAACGUUCUUGAUUGGGGGGAUUCUAGGGUGGAUAGUAGUGAAGAUCUUAAGACCAGAAAAAUAUCUUGAGAAGAUUAUCAUUGCUAGUUGCUCAGCUGGUAACUUGGGCAAUUUGCCUCUGAUUAUUAUCCCAGCAAUCUGCAAUGAGGAGGGAAAUCCAUUUGGAGAGCCCAGCACAUGUAAUUCCAACGGACUUUCUUAUGUGUCUUUUUCUAUGGCGCUUGGUGGUAUCUUCAUAUGGACACACACGUAUGAUCUUAUGCACAAAUCAGCUCAACUAUAUGACAAAAUCCAAAAUGAAAGUAGACUAUCGAAGACAAUUGACGAGAAAUCGGAGGAAAGUGGAAAUGCACACUUCAACAUCCGAGAAACAGAAGCUAGCUGUAGUGAUCAGGAUGCUUUACUUUCACCUUCAUCUAAACCUGUUCAAAAAGAUGCAGAACAACCAAUGAUUGUACCAUUUUUAUCCCGUAGAAAGAUGAGAAGCUGCAUGUCCAACAACUGGGAAAGAUUCAAAGAAAUUACUGGCGGAACUAUCCAUCAGAUUGCGGAAGAGUUACUAACACCACCUAUGAUUGCAGCGAUAUUCGGUUUCUUUGUUGGUACCAUUCCUCAGCUAAAAUUUCUCAUAAUUGGAGACGAUGCCCCACUUAGAGUACUACAAAGUUCGAUUACAUUACUAGGAGAUGCCACACUACCUUGUGUUACUCUUCUGUUAGGAGCAAACCUAACCCGAGGAAUUCGCAAGUCAGUGUUAAAACCUUUGGCAAUUUUGGCAAUCAUCACUGUGCGUUACGUGAUCCUUCCACUCUUUGGCAUUGGUAUCAUAACAACAGCUGCUAAACUUGGGUUUCUCCCAAAAUCUCCACUAUAUCACUAUGUACUACUGAUACAAUUCGCCCUACCACCAGCCAUGAGUAUUGGUACAAUGGCUGAAUUGUUCGAUGUUGGUCAAGAAGAGUGCUCCGUCAUCUUUCUUUGGACCUACUUGACUGCCGCACUUGCAUUUACUAUUUGGUCAACGAUCUUCAUGUGGAUCUUAACCUAAGAGAGUCAAGAAACUCUAAGUAUACAUACAGAAUCAAGAACCUAGAAUUUCUCAGAUUUAAUUGGAGAAUUUCAACACGCAAGUUAUCAAGAGUUGGUGUUAUUCUCACCUAUAUUAUAUUUGUGGAUCUCACCAUCUCAAAUAAAUGGAAGACAUAGACUUAUUUAUUUAUUUGUUUACUUAUUUAUUUUGUUAUGUUUAAGUUUGUGUCAAAAAGGAAGAAGUACACGAUUGUAAAACAUUUCUGUUGAUACCAGCACAUAGUUUCUA